GUGGCGAGAAGUCGAGCUGAAUUCACCUGUGAAGCCGGGUGAGCGGGGAUCCCAGUCUUCACCUGUUUUGCAGGAGCAGGAUGCGCUGUAUGUCUUUGGUGGCUAUGGCGGCAGCGGUCGACUAGACGACAUCUACCGCUUCAACUUUCCAUCUAGGUACUGGACGAGACUUGAGGUCCAGGGAACAGUUCCUGCUGGCCGUGAGAACAACGGUGCUGUUGUCCACGGCAACAAGAUGUAUUUGUUCGGAGGCUACUCCGGCUUCACUUGGUUAAAUGACUUUCACAGCUUCAACUUCGACACGAGCACCUGGCAGGCUGUGCCGUCGGGUCACAAAGGCAGCGUGCCUUCGACUCGAUUCGGCUACGUGUCGGCCGUGCAUGGCGAUUUCAUGUACGUCUUCGGUGGCUAUGACGGCUCUGCCUGGUUGAACGACAUGUUCGACUUCGACUUUGAGCGAGGGUCGUGGUACUCAACGCAGGUGCAGGGCUUCAUCCCCUCUGGAAGGAGUUGCCCAUCCUGGGCAACUCACAAUGGAUCUGUCUACCUCUUCGGAGGCUAUGAUGGUGUCCAUCGAAUGAACGACUUUCACCAGUUUCGGAUGGGCUCCAGGACUUGGUCGUCGGUGCGGUCGGCUGGACAGGUGCCGUCCCCGCGCUACUUCCACGCCAGCGUAGUCUACGGCAAUUCGUUGUUUCUCUUCGGAGGCUAUAGUGGGCAGGAACGGUUAAAUGACCUCUAUGAGUUCCGGUUCGACUGCCAUACUUGGUUUGUGCUAAGCACGGAAGAGCCUCCCAGUGGCAGAUCCUCGCUGGUCGCAGAGGUCUUCAACAACUCAUUGUACGUCUUCGGCGGCUACAACGGCAGCAUCGAGUCGACCACAGCCUCGCAGCUUCGGCAGAGCGCCGCCUCGGCGCUCGGGCUCCGGGACGUCACCACGCUGCGCCUGCUGCUGGGCACAGUGGAGCUGCAGAACCACGAAACAUUGAAGUCCGCAGGAGUGAAGGAUGGCGACGUGCUUCAAGUACUAUUCAGUGAAGGCCUUGGCUUCGUCACCUGGACGGACUGCACGGGCACGGCGCAGCUUUGGCGCCUCUCAGGCGGCGAGGAACCAGCGGCCGCGUGGGCUCUUCCCAGGGAAGACGGCGACGUGCGGUCGAUGGCCUUGGACCGGAUCUCCGAAACCUUGGCUGCUCGAACCCAAAAGACAGUGAAAGUCUGGGAUGUGGGGAGAGGUGAAGUCCUCUUCGACCACCCAAGCGGCGAGGGAGGAUCAAAGGCUCUGGCCAUCUGCCAGGGUGGGCAGCUUGUGGCAUUCUGGGGCGAUGCCGACGGCGAGCCCGGCCAACUGCAAGUUUGGAACAUCCACGAAAACUGCUGUGUCUGCAUCUGCAGAGAUUGUGAAGCUUUCGUGUGCUUUUCUCCAGACGGUCAGCGAGUUGUCGCCGGCGGCCUUUACGGUGAUUCUGCAAGCGUUUGGGACAUUGAAGCCCGAAAGCAGCUUUGGACAUUGGGGCGUGGCACGGAUGGGUUCUUCUCUGGCCUGCUCUUCUCACCUGAUGGCUCCUCAAUCGUCGUUGCCAGCCGAGAACCAAACUGGGAGGAGAUAGACUUAUGGUGUGGAAAGACUGGAUCGUGGUUAAGGGGCUUAGGCGGGGGAGCCUUUUGCUUGGCAUUCUCCGACGAUGGUGAAGAACUGGCUGGGCUUGACGAAAAUUGCAGCACCGUUUUUAUUACAAGCACCUUGACAGGGUCCGUGGUGGUGCAGCUGAGCCUCGCAGAGUGGGCAGGCUCUCGCUGUAGUCAGGCAGUGCUCAAAUCGAGCUCAGAGGACUUUUGCAUCGUAGGCGUUUGGGAGGAGGAUGGUGUAACUGCGCGGACCAUCCGAAGGCAGGAGGUCUUUAAGUUCGCCGUGGGGUACGAUCCCGGCGGCGUUUGCUUAUGGUGA